AUGCUGACUGAAUGGGUAGUUUCAGAGCAUGAACUCACUUCUUGGCAAGGUCAGCAGCACAGCAAGGCAGGUGCCCUGCAGGGCUUCCUCUUGAGCAUCUCAGCCAAGGUUCUCAGUGGAACUAAUGUGCUAAAUGAGCACAUUGCUCUUCAAUUUCUUGGCUAUUUAGCCAUAGGGUUUGCAUUGAUUUUUGCUGCUGUCCUUGACUAUGUGGUGCUAUGUCUCGUGCUUAAAGCAGCCUCCCUUACUGUGAGAGCACCGAGCUCACCUGGUACCACUAGAUCAUCUGUCAUUCGAUGCAAACCAGGAGCCAACUGCCCCAAUUCGCAUAGUAGUAUUAUUAGGCAGCUGUCCCCUUUGUCUGGUGCUGAAGAUUCUGCAGCCCCUAUUCUUGAGCUCCAGAAUCGAAAUUCCUCUGGAGUUUGUGGACACAGCAGAGGAGAAAGACAGAACAGAUCAGGAGAUGAGGGGACACAGACCCACCCAGACAGCAAUAGCCAAGAAAACAGAAUUAAGACUCGGUGUCAGUCAUGUGCAUCUCUCUUUCUCAAGGUCAUUUGGGGAUUUCUGAUCAUUUUGUCUGUCUCUUCCUCUUGGGUUGGAACCACGCAGAUUGUAAAGAUCACAUAUAAAAACUUCUAUUGUCCAUUUUUCAUGACUUGGUUUUCCACAAAUUGGAACAUUAUGUUUUUCCCAGUCUAUUAUUCUGGACAUCUAGCUACUGCUCAAGAAAAGCAGUCUCCAAUUAAAAAAUUCAGGGAAUGCAGUCGGAUUUUUGGUGAAGAUGGUUUGACGUUGAAGCUCUUUCUUAAAAGGACUGCUCCCUUUUCUAUCCUAUGGACUUUGACUAAUUACCUGUAUUUACUGGCUUUAAAGAAACUGACAGCCACAGAUGUCUCUGCCCUGUUCUGUUGUAACAAAGCAUUUGUCUUCUUACUUUCUUGGAUUGUGCUGAAAGACAGGUUCAUGGGAGUAAGGAUAGUCGCUGCAAUAAUGGCUAUCACAGGCAUCGUGAUGAUGGCAUAUGCAGAUAAUUUUCAUGCUGAUUCAAUCAUAGGAGUGGCAUUUGCUGUUGGAUCUGCAUCUACGUCUGCUUUGUAUAAGGUUUUAUUUAAGAUGUUUCUUGGAAGUGCCAACUUUGGUGAAGCGGCCCACUUUUUUUCCACUUUAGGUUUCUUUAAUUUAAUAUUCAUCUCCUUCACACCAAUCAUCCUAUAUUUUACCAAAGUGGAGCAUUGGUCAUCUUUCUCAGCCCUACCCUGGGGCUGCCUCUGUGGAAUGGCAGGGCUAUGGCUUGCAUUUAACAUCUUAGUCAAUGUUGGAGUUGUGCUGACGUACCCAAUACUCAUCUCCAUUGGCACUGUGCUCAGUGUUCCUGGGAAUGCAGCUGUGGAUCUCCUGAAACAGGAGGUGAUAUUCAAUGUUGUCCGACUGGCUGCCACCAUCAUAAUUUGCAUCGGGUUCCUGCUGAUGUUGUUGCCUGAAGAGUGGGAUGAAAUCACUCUGAGGUUCAUCAACAGCCUGAAAGAAAAGAAAAGUGAAGAGCGUGUGGAUGACACAGCUGAGUCCAGUGUAUAUUUAAGAAGCAGGAGCAGAGCCAAUGGCACAGUGUCUAUACCACUCGCUUAAAAAAGUGACAAACUUUUGAAUGCACGUGGAUGUAUAUUCUGUGAAUAUAAUUUUCUCACUACUUGUAUGCUCAAAUGACAGUAUUAAUCUUGAAUCAGAAUGAAUCACAAGUGAAGUGACACUAACAAUAAAAGUUUACAUUUAUACACUUAUCAAGUUACAAGUGUAAAUAAUCAUGAUUUUUUUUAUUAAAACAUUUUCAUCCUU